CCGCUCCCGGCAGCCAUGGUGGCCGGCAUGCUCAUGCCGCUGGACCAGCUGCGGGCCAUUUACGAAGUGCUCUUCCGCGAGGGCGUGAUGGUGGCCAAGAAAGACCGUCGGCCCCGCAGCCUGCACCCCCAUGUGCCUGGCGUCACCAACCUGCAGGUCAUGCGCGCCAUGGCCUCCCUGCGUGUACGGGGCCUGGUGCGAGAGACCUUUGCCUGGCGCCAUUUCUACUGGUACCUCACCAACGAGGGCAUCGCCCACCUGCGCCAGUACCUGCACCUGCCGCCUGAGAUCGUGCCUGCCUCCCUGCAGCGAGUGCGCCGCCCUGUUGCCAUGGUGAUGCCUGCACGCCGCACCCCCCAUGUGCAGGCUGUGCAGGGUCCCCUGGGCUGUCCGCCCAAGCGGGGACCACUGCCAGCAGAGGAUCCUGCCCGUGAGGAGCGGCGGGUCUACCGCCGGAAGGAGCCCGAGGAGGGGGCACCUGAGCCCCCGGUGGUGCCCGCCACCGCCCCAGGGAGCCUGGCAAGGCCUGGCUUCGAGCCUGCCCCACCCACAGAUGAGCGGGACCGUGUGCAGAAGAAAACCUUCACCAAGUGGGUCAACAAACAUCUUAUCAAGCACUGGAGGGCAGAGGCCCAGAGGCACAUCAGCGAUCUGUAUGAAGAUCUCCGGGAUGGCCACAAUCUCAUCUCCUUGCUGGAGGUGCUCUCAGGGGACAGCCUGCCAAGAGAGCGGGACGUAAUCAGGAGCUCGCGCCUGCCCCGGGAGAAGGGGAGGAUGCGCUUCCACAAGCUGCAGAACGUGCAGAUCGCCCUGGACUAUCUCCGGCACCGCCAGGUGAAGCUGGUGAACAUUCGGAAUGAUGACAUUGCCGAUGGCAACCCCAAGCUGACCCUUGGCCUGAUCUGGACCAUCAUCCUGCACUUCCAGAUCUCGGACAUCCAGGUGAGUGGGCAGUCAGAGGACAUGACAGCCAAGGAGAAGCUGCUGCUGUGGUCGCAGCGCAUGGUGGAAGGUUACCAGGGCCUGCGCUGUGACAACUUCACCUCCAGCUGGCGUGAUGGCCGCCUCUUCAAUGCCAUCAUUCACCGGCACAGGCCUGUGCUCAUUGACAUGAGCAAAGUGUAUCGUCAGACCAACCUGGAGAACCUGGACCAGGCCUUCUCCGUGGCAGAGCGGGACCUGGGAGUGACCCGGCUGCUGGACCCCGAGGAUGUGGACGUCCCCCAGCCCGACGAGAAGUCCAUCAUCACGUAUGUCUCGUCACUGUACGACGCCAUGCCCCGUGUGCCAGACGCGCAGGACGGGGUAAAGGCCAGUGAGCUACAGCUGCGCUGGCAGGAGUACCGGGAGCUGGCCCUGCUCCUGCUGCAGUGGGUCAGGCACCACACUGCUGCCUUCGAGGAGCGCAAGGUCCCCACCAGCUUUGAGGAGAUUGAGAUCCUGUGGUGCCAGUUCUUGAAGUUUAAGGAGACAGAGCUUCCAGCCAAGGAGGCAGACAAAACCCGGUCCAAGGGCAUCUACCAGUCCCUGGAGGGGGCGGUGCAAGCAGGUCAGCUCAAGGUGCCCCCUGGCUACCACCCACUGGAUGUGGAGAAAGAGUGGGGCCGGCUGCACGUGGCCAUCCUGGAGCGGGAGAAGCAGCUCCGGGGCGAAUAUGAGAGGCUAGAGUGUCUUCAGCGCAUUGUGAGCAAGCUGCAGAUGGAGGCUGGGCUGUGCGAGGAGCAGCUGAACCAGGCCGACGCCCUGCUCCAGUCGGACAUUCGGCUGCUGGCUACAGGCAAGGCACCCCAGCGGGCAGCGGAGGUGGAGCGUGACCUAGACAAGGCGGAUGGCAUGAUCAGGCUGCUGUUCAAUGAUGUGCAGACCCUCAAGGAUGGGCGGCACCCUCAGGGCGAGCAGAUGUACCGAAGGGUGUACCGCCUGCAUGAGCGCCUGGUGGCCAUCCGCACUGAGCACAACCUCCGACUGAAAGCGGGUAUAGCUGCCCCCAUGACUCAGGUGACACUACAGAGCUCGCAGAGGCGCCCUGAGCUCGAGGACUCCACGCUGCGCUACCUGCAGGACCUGCUGGCCUGGGUGGAGGAGAACCAGCGCCGGGUGGACAGUGCCGAGUGGGGUGUGGACCUGCCCAGCGUGGAGGCGCAGCUAGGCAGCCACCGUGGCCUGCACCAGUCCAUUGAGGAGUUCCGGGCCAAGGUCGAGCGGGCGCGCACUGACGAGGGCCAGCUCUCCCCAGCUCCACGGGGUGCCUACCGAGACUGCCUGGGUCGACUGGACCUGCAGUAUGCCAAGCUGCUGAACUCUUCCAAGGCCCGUCUCCGGUCCCUGGAGAGCCUGCACAACUUUGUGGCAGCCGCCACGAAGGAGCUGAUGUGGCUGAGCGAGAAGGAGGAGGAGGAGGUGGGCUUUGACUGGGGUGAACACAAUGCCAACAUGGCUGCCAAGAAGGAGAGCUACUCGGCCCUGAUGCGGGAGCUGGAACUGAAAGAAAAGAAAAUUAAGGAGGUCCAGAACACCGGUGACCGACUUCUGCGGGAGGACCACCCUGCCCGGCCCACAGUGGAGUCCUUCCAGGCCGCCCUUCAGACCCAGUGGAGCUGGACGCUCCAGCUGUGCUGCUGCAUCGAGGCGCACCUGAAGGAGAACACUGCCUACUUCCAGUUUUUCACAGACGUGCGGGAGACUGAGGAGCAGAUGCGGAAGCUGCAGGGGACACUGCACAGGAAGUACACAUGUGACCGCUCUGUCACCGUCACGCGCCUUGAGGACCUGCUGCAGGACGCCCAGGACGAGAAGGACCAGCUUACCGAGUACAGGGGACAUCUCUCAGGUCUGGCCAAGCGGGCCAGGGCCAUUGUGCAGCUGAAGCCCCGGAGCCCAGCUCACCCCGUGCGGGGCCACAUGCCCCUCCUGGCUGUGUGCGACUACAAGCAGGCAGAGGUGACCGUGCACAAGGGUGACGAGUGGCAGCUGGUGGGUCCUGCGCAGCCAUCCCACUGGAAGGUGCUCAGCAGCUCUGGCAGUGAGGCCACCGUGCCCUCCGUGUGCUUCCUCGUGCCCCCGCCGAAUCAGGAGGCCCAGGAGGCUGUCGUCAGGUUGGAGGCCCAGCACCAGGACCUGGUUGCACUGUGGCACCAGCUGCAUGUGGACAUGAAGAGCCUUCUGGCAUGGCAGAGCCUCAGCCGAGAUGUGCAGCUCAUCCGCUCCUGGUCCUUGGUCACGUUCCGAACGCUGAAGCCAGAGGAGCAGCGCCAAGCCCUGCGCUGCCUGGAGCUACACUACCGGGCCUUCCUGCAGGACAGCCAGGAUGCUGGUGGCUUUGGACCCGAGGACCGGCUGCAGGCUGAGCGGGAGUACAGCUCCUGCAGCCGCCAUUACCAACAGCUGCUGCAGAGCGCAGAGCAGGGUGAGCAGGAGGCGUCACGGUGUCAGCGCUGCAUCUCGGAGCUCAGAGACAUCCGGCUGCAGCUGGAGGCCUGUGAAUCGCGCACCGUGCACCGCCUGCGGCUGCCACUGGACAAGGAGCCUGCACGGGAGUGUGCCCAGCGCAUCGCCGAGCAGCAGAAAGCGCAGGCCGAGGUAGAAGGUCUGGGCAAAGGGGUUGCCCGGCUCUCUGCCGAGGCCGAGAAGGUCCUGGCCCUGCCUGAGCCCUCACCUGCUGCUCCCACACUGCGCUCAGAGCUGGAACUGACCCUGGGCAAACUGGAGCAGGUCCGCAGCCUGUCCGCCAUCUACCUGGAGAAGCUCAAGACCAUCAGUCUGGUGAUCCGCAGCACGCAGGGUGCUGAGGAGGUGCUCAAGGCCCACGAGGAGCAGCUCAAGGAGGCCCAGGCCGUGCCCGCCACACUCCCAGAGCUGGAGGCCACCAAGGCCGCGCUGAAGAAGCUGCGGGCCCAGGCAGAGGCCCAGCAGCCCGUGUUCGACUCUCUGCGGGACGAGCUGCGUGGAGCGCAGGAGGUGGGUGAGCGGCUGCAGCAGCAACACAGCGAGCGGGACGUGGAGGUGGAGCGCUGGCGCGAACGGGUCGCCCAGCUGCUGGAGCGCUGGCAGGCUGUGCUGGCCCAGGUGGAUGUGCGGCAGCGUGAGCUCGAGCAGCUGGGCCGCCAGCUGCGCUACUAUCGUGAGAGUGCGGACCCGCUGGGCGCCUGGCUGCAGGAUGCUAGGCGGCGGCAGGAGCAGAUCCAGGCAGUGCCACUGGCCAACAGCCGGGCUGUGCGCGAGCAGCUGCGGCAGGAGAAGGCGCUGCUGGAGGAAAUCGAGCGCCACGCCGAGAAAGUGGAGGAGUGUCAGCGGUUUGCAAAGCAAUAUAUCAAUGCCAUCAAGGACUAUGAGCUCCAGCUGGUCACGUACAAGGUGCAGCUUGAGCCAGUCGCCUCCCCAGCCAAGAAGCCUAAGGUGCAGUCCGGGUCCGAGAGCAUCAUCCAGGAGUACGUGGAUCUGCGCACACGCUACAGCGAGCUGACCACGCUCACGAGCCAGUACAUCAAAUUCAUCAGUGAGACUUUGCGGCGCAUGGAGGAGGAGGAGAGGCUGGCUGAGCAGCAGCGGGCAGAGGAGCGGGAGCGGCUGGCCGAGGUGGAGGCUGCGCUGGAGAAGCAGCGGCAGCUGGCCGAGGCGCACGCCCAGGCGAAGGCGCAGGCGGAACAGGAGGCCCAGGACCUGCAGCGGCGCAUGCAAGAGGAGGUAGUGCGGCGGGAGGAGGCGGCGGUGGACGCCCAGCAGCAGAAGCGCAGCAUCCAGGAGGAGCUGCAGCACCUGAGGCAGAGCUCGGAGGCAGAGAUCCAGGCAAAGGCCCGGCAGGCGGAGGCCGCGGAACGCAGCAGGCUGCGCAUCGAGGAGGAGAUCCGUGUGGUACGCCUGCAGCUGGAAGCAACCGAGCGCCAGCGCGGCGGGGCGGAAGGUGAGCUGCAGGCUCUGCGAGUGCGCGCAGAGGAGGCGGAGGCACAGAAGCGGCAGGCGCAGGAGGAGGCAGAGCGCUUGCGGCGGCAGGUGCAAGAGGAGACCCAGCGCAAGCGGCAGGCAGAGGCCGAGCUGGCCCUGCGUGUGAAUGCUGAGGCUGAGGCGGCUCGUGAAAAGCAGCGGGCUGUGCAGGCGCUGGAGGAGCUGCGGCUGCAGGCUGAGGAAGCCGAGCGGCGCCUGCGGCAGGCUGAGGCAGAGCGGGCGCGCCAGGUGCAAGUGGCCCUGGAGACAGCACAGCGCAGCGCGGAAGCCGAGCUGCAGAGCAAGCGCGCCUCCUUCGCGGAGAAGACAGCGCAGCUGGAGCGCACCCUGCAGGAAGAGCACGUGGCGGUGGCGCAGCUGCGAGAGGAAGCCGAGCGGCGGGCGCAGCAGCAGGCAGAGGCAGAGCGUGCCCGUGAGGAGGCCGAGCGGGAGCUGGAACGCUGGCAGCUGAAGGCCAACGAGGCACUGCGGCUGCGGCUGCAAGCAGAGGAGGUGGCGCAGCAAAAGAGCCUGGCGCAGGCCGAGGCGGAGAAGCAGAAGGAGGAGGCAGAGCGGGAGGCACGGCGGCGUGGUAAGGCGGAGGAGCAGGCGGCACGGCAGCGGGAGCUGGCGGAGCAGGAGUUGGAGAAGCAGCGGCAGCUGGCAGAGGGCACUGCACAGCAGCGCCUGGCAGCAGAGCAGGAGCUGAUCCGGCUGCGGGCCGAGACCGAGCAGGGGGAGCAGCAGCGACAGCUGCUGGAAGAGGAGCUGGCGCGCCUGCAGCGCGAGGCAGCUGCGGCCAUGCAGAAGCGCCAGGAGCUGGAGGCUGAGCUGGCCAAGGUACGUGCCGAGAUGGAGGUGCUGCUGGCCAGCAAGGCGCGCGCCGAGGAGGAGUCACGCUCCACUAGUGAGAAGUCCAAGCAGAGGCUGGAAGCUGAGGCUGGCCGUUUCCGUGAACUGGCGGAGGAGGCUGCCCGCCUACGUGCCCUGGCUGAGGAGGCCAAGCGACAGCGGCAGCUGGCAGAGGAGGAUGCGGCGCGGCAGCGGGCAGAGGCCGAGCGGGUGCUUGCUGAGAAGCUGGCUGCCAUUGGUGAAGCCACCCGGCUCAAGACUGAGGCAGAGAUCGCGCUCAAGGAGAAGGAGGCGGAAAACGAGCGCCUGCGGCGGCUGGCGGAAGAUGAGGCCUUCCAGCGGCGGCGGCUGGAGGAGCAGGCUGCCCAGCACAAGGCAGACAUUGAGGAGCGGCUGGCACAACUGCGCAAGGCAUCGGAGAACGAGCUGGAGAGGCAGAAGGGGCUGGUGGAGGACACGCUGCGCCAGCGGCGGCAGGUGGAGGAGGAGAUCCGGGCCCUGAAGGCGAGCUUCGAGAAGGCAGCCGCCGGGAAGGCGGAGCUGGAGCUGGAGCUGGGGCGCAUCCGCAGGAACGCCGAGGACACGCUGCGCAGCAAGGAGCAGGCAGAGUUGGAGGCUGCGCGGCAGCGGCAGCUGGCCGCCGAGGAGGAGCAGCGGCGCCGGGAGGCCGAGGAGCGGGUGCAGAAGAGUCUGGUGGCCGAGGAGGAGGCGGCGCAGCAACGCAAAACCGCGCUGGAGGAAGUGGACAGGCUCAAGGCCAAGGUGGAGGAGGCGCGGCGUCUGCGUGAGCGGGCCGAGCAGGAGUCGGGACGGCAGCUGCAGCUCGCUCAGGAGGCCGCGCAGAAGCGGCUGCAGGCAGAGGAGAAGGCGCACGCCUUCGCGGUGCAGCAGAAGGAGCAGGAGCUGAAGCAGACGCUCCAGCAGGAGCAGAGCGUGCUGGAGCGGCUGCGGGCCGAGGCGGAGGCAGCGCGGCGGGCGGCAGAGGAGGCAGAGGAGGCACGGGAGCGGGCUGAGCGGGAGGCAGCGCAGUCCAGGCUGCAGGUGGAGGCGGCGGAGCGGCUGAAGCAGUCGGCGGAGGAGCAGGCACAGGCCCGGGCGCAGGCGCAGGCUGCUGCGGAGGCGCUGCGCAAGGAGGCCGAGCAGGAGGCGGCGCGGCGGGCGCAGGCAGAGCAGGCAGCCCUGCGGCAGAAGCAGGCGGCUGACGCGGAGAUGGGGAAGCACAAGAAGUUUGCGGAGCAGACACUGCGGCAGAAGGCCCAGGUGGAGCAGGAGCUGACGGCGCUGCGGCUGCAGCUGGAGGAGACCGACCAUCAGAAGCACAUCCUGGACGAGGAGCUGCAGCGGCUGAAGGCGGAGGUGACGGAGGCCGCCCGGCAGCGCGGCCAGGUGGAGGAGGAGCUCUUCUCCGUGCGCGUGCAGAUGGAGGAGCUGGGCAAGUUGAAGGCCCGCAUUGAGGCCGAGAACCGUGAACUCAUCCUGCGUGACAAGGACAGUACACAGCGCUUCCUGCAGGAGGAGGCCGAGAAGAUGAGGCAGGUGGCCGAGGAGGCCGCGCGGCUGAGCGUGGCUGCCCAGGAGGCAGCGCGGCUGCGGCAGCUGGCAGAGGAGGACCUAGCACAGCAGCGGGCCCUGGCUGAGAAGAUGCUCAGGGAGAAGAUGCAGGCGGUGCAGGAGGCCACGCGGCUCAAGGCCGAGGCAGAACUGCUGCUGCAGCAGAAGGAUGUGGCGCAAGAGCAGGCCCGGCGGCUGCAGGAGGACAAGGAGCAGAUGGCACAGCAGCUGGCGCAGGAGGCACAGGGCUUCCAGCGCACUCUGGAGGCGGAGCGGCAGCGGCAGCUGGAGUUGGGCGCUGAGGCCGAGCGCCUCAAGCUGCGUGUGGCGGAGAUGAGCCGGGCCCAGGCCCGUGCGGAGGAGGAUGCCCAGCGCUUCCGGAAGCAGGCUGAGGAGAUCGGUGAAAAGCUGCACCGCACAGAGCUCGCCACGCAGGAGAAGGUCACGUUGGUGCACACGCUGGAGAUCCAGCGGAACCAGAGUGACCGUGACGCCGAACGCCUGCGGGAGGCCAUUGCCGAGCUGGAGUGUGAGAAGGAGAAGCUCAAGCAGGAGGCCAGGUUGCUUCAGCUCAAGUCUGAGGAGGUGCAGACGGCACAGCAGGAGCAGCUGCUGCAGGAGGCACAGGCCCUCCAGCAGAGCUUCCUGUCCGAGAAGGACCGCCUGCUGCAGCGCGAACGCCUCAUCGAGCAGGAGAAGGCCCAGUUGGAGCAGCUCUUCCAGGACGAGGUGGCCAAGGCCCAGAAGCUGCGGGAGGAGCAGCAACGCCAAUGGCAGCAGGUGGAGGAAGAGAAGCGACAGCUAGAGGCCAGCAUGGAGGAGGCGCGGCGCCGGCAGCAUGAGGCUGAGCAGGGUGUGCAGCACAAGCAGGAGGAGCUGCAGCGUCUGGAGCAGCUGCGACAGCAGCAGGAGAGGCUGCUGGCCGAGGAGAACCAGAGGCUGCGUGAGCGGCUACAGUGCCUGGAGGAGGAGCACCGGGCUGCGCUGGCACGUUCAGAGAUCACUGCCUUGCAGGCCGCGGCUGCCAAGGCCCUGCCCAACGGCCGGGAUGCGCCUGAUGGCCCGGCCGCCGAGGCAGAACCUGAGCAUGCCUUUGAUGGCCUGCGGCAGAAGGUUCCAGCCCAGUGGCUGCAGGAGGUGGGAAUCCUGAACGCAGACGAGCUGGAACGGCUGAUACAGGGCCGCACCACCGUGGCCGAGCUUGCGCAGCGGGACGAUAUGCGCUGCUUCCUUCAGGGCCACAGCAGCAUCGCUGGGCUGCUGCUGAAGCCUGCCAAUGAGAAGCUGAGUGUGUACAUGGCUCUGCAGAGGCAGCUGCUGAGCCCAGGGACUGCCCUCAUCCUACUGGAGGCGCAGGCGGCCUCAGGCUUCCUCCUGGAUCCUGUGCAGAAUCGGCGGCUGACUGUCAGUGAGGCGGUGCGAGAGGGCAUUGUGGGGCCUGAGCUGCACCACAAGCUGUUGUCGGCCGAGCGCGCCGUCACCGGCUACACCGACCCCUACACCGGCGAGCGGAUCUCCCUGUUCCAGGCCAUGAAGAAGGACCUCAUCGUGCGCGACCACGGCAUCCGCCUGCUGGAGGCCCAGAUCGCCACGGGCGGCAUCAUCGACCCCGUGCACAGCCACCGCCUGCCCGUGCACGUGGCCUACGAGCGCGGCUACUUCGACGAGGAGAUGAGCCGCGUCCUGGCGGACCCCAGCGACGACACCAAGGGCUUCUUCGACCCCAACACACACGAGAACCUUACCUACCGGCAGCUGCUGGAGCGCUGCGUGGAGGACCCCGAGACAGGCCUGCGCCUCCUGCCACUCACAGAUCAGGUUGCCAGGGGCAGUGAGCUUGUCUACACUGACUCGGAGGCCCGGGAUGUGUUUGAGAAAGCCACUGUGUCUGCACCAUUUGGCAAGUUCCAAGGGAGGACCGUGAGCAUCUGGGAGCUCAUCAGCUCUGAGUACUUCACAGCAGAACAGAGGCGGGAGCUGCUCCGUCAGUUCCGCACAGGCAAGAUCACCGUAGAGAAGGUCAUCAAGAUCGUCAUCACAGUGGUGGAAGAGCACGAGCAGAAGGGCCAGCUCUGCUUUGAGGGCCUGCGUGCCCUGGUACCUGCUGCCGAGCUGCUUGAGAGCGGGGUCAUCGACCACAACCUCUACCAACAGCUGCAGCGAGGCGAGCGCUCAGUGCAAGAGGUGGCUGAGGUGGACGCCGUGAGGCAGGCCCUACGGGGUGCCAAUGUCAUCGCGGGCGUGUGGCUGGAGGAGGCGGGGCAGAGGGUGAGCAUCUACGAAGCUCAGAAGAAGGAUCUUCUGCAGCCAGAGGUGGCUGUGGCCCUGCUGGAAGCCCAGGCCGGCACCGGGCAUAUCGUUGACCCAUCCACCAGUGCCCGGCUGACUGUGGAUGAGGCAGUGCGUGCUGGCCUGGUGGGGCCAGAGCUGCAUGAGAAGCUGCUAUCAGCUGAGAAAGCUGUGACAGGGUAUAAGGACCCCUACUCAGGGCAGAGCGUCUCCCUGUUCCAGGCCCUAAAGAAGGGCCUCAUUCCCAGAGAGCAGGGCCUGCGUCUGCUGGAUGCCCAGCUGUCCACAGGUGGCAUCGUGGACCCCAGGAAGAGCCACCGCGUGCCCCUCGAUGUUGCCUAUGCCCGGGGCUGUCUGGAUGAGGAGACCAACAGAGCCCUGUCGGUGCCCAGCGGUGAUGCCAAGGUCUACGAGGACCCCGGCACUCAGGAGCCCGUUACCUAUGGCCAGCUGCAGCAGCAGUGCCGGCCAGACCCGCUCACAGGGCUCAGCCUGCUGCCACUCUCAGAGAAGGCCACCCAGGCCCGGCGGGAGCUCUGCUCCGAGCUUCAGGCCCGUGAGACCUUUCAGAAGGCCACCAUUGAGGUCCCUGUGGGCAGCUUCAAGGGUCAGACGGUGACAGUGUGGGAGCUCAUCAGCUCCGACUACUUCACGGAGGAACAGCGGCGGGAGCUGCUCCGUCAGUUCCGCACGGGCAAGGUCACCGUGGAGAAGGUCAUUAAGAUCGUCAUCACCAUUGUUGAGGAGGUGGAGACCAUGCGGCAGGAGAGGCUGUCCUUCAGUGGCCUCCGUGCCCCGGUGCCAGCCAGUGAGCUCCUGGCUGCUGGGGUCCUCAGCAAGGCCCAGUUUGAGCAGCUCAAAGAUGGAAAGACAUCAGUCAAGGAUCUGUCAGAGGUGGACACCGUGCGGACGCUCCUCCGAGGCAGUGACUGCCUUGCUGGCAUCUACCUGGAGGACUCCAAGGAGAAGGUGACCAUCUAUGAGGCCAUGAGGAGGGGCCUGCUGAGGCCCAGCACGGCCACUCUUCUGCUUGAGGCCCAGGCAGCCACCGGCUUUCUGGUUGACCCUGUGCGCAACCAGCGCCUAUACGUCAACGAGGCUGUGAAGAACGGAGUUGUGGGCCCUGAGCUGCAUGAGAAGCUGCUGUCAGCCGAGAAGGCCGUGACGGGGUACAAGGACCCCUACUCGGGCACCACUAUCUCCCUGUUCCAGGCCAUGAAGAAGGGCCUCAUCGUGCGGGACCACGGCAUCCGCCUGCUGGAGGCCCAGAUCGCCACGGGCGGCAUCAUCGACCCCGUGCACAGCCACCGCCUGCCCGUGCACGUGGCCUACGAGCGCGGCUACUUCGACGAGGAGAUGAGCCGCGUCCUGGCGGACCCCGGCGACGACACCAGGGGCUUCUUUGACCCCAACACGCACGAGAACCUCACCUACCGGCAGCUGCUGGAGCGCUGCGUGGAGGACCCCGAGACGGGCCUGCGCCUCCUGCCGCUAAAAGGGGCGGAGCAGACGGAGGUGGUGGAGACCACGCAGGUGUACACUGAGGAGGAGACCCGGAGGGCAUUUGAGGAGACGCAGAUUGACAUCCCCGGUGGCGGCAGCCUUGGCGGCUCCACCAUGUCCCUGUGGGAGGUGAUGCAGUCAGACUUGAUUCCUGAGGAGCAGCGGGCCCGGCUGAUGGCCGACUUCCAGGCAGGCCGGGUCACCAAGGAGCGUAUGAUCAUCAUCAUCAUUGAGAUAAUCGAGAAGACUGAGGUCAUCCGACAGCAGAACCUCGCUUCCUAUGAUUACGUCCGCCGCCGCCUCACGGCCGAGGACCUGUACGAGGCCCGGGUCAUCUCCCGGGAGGCCUACAGCCUGCUCCGGGAGGGCACCAGGACCCUCCGUGAGGUGCUUGAGGAGGAAUCUGCCUGGCGCUACCUCUACGGCACAGGCUGUGUAGCUGGCAUCUACCUGCCCAGCUCUAGGCAGACGCUGACCAUCUACCAGGCCCUCAAGAAGGGGCUGCUGAGCGCUGAGGUGGCCCGCUUCCUGCUGGAGGCGCAGGCGGCCACCGGCUUCCUGUUGGACCCGGUGAAGGGCGAGCGGCUGACUGUGGACGAGGCUGUACGGAAGGGCCUGGUGGGCCCUGAGCUGCACGACCGACUGCUCUCAGCUGAGCGGGCCGUGACCGGCUACCGUGACCCCUACACGGAGCAGACGAUCUCGCUCUUCCAGGCCAUGAAGAAGGAGCUGAUCCCUGCCGAGGAGGCCCUGCGGCUGCUGGAUGCCCAGCUGGCCACGGGCGGCAUUGUGGACCCACGCUUGGGCUUCCACCUCCCAUUGGAGGUGGCCUACCAGCGUGGCUACCUCAACAAGGACACGCAUGACCAGCUGUCGGAGCCCAGCGAGGUGCGCAGUUACCUGGACCCCUCAACGGAUGAGCGCCUCAGCUAUACGCAGCUGCUCCGGCGGUGCCGCCGCCAUGAGGACAGUGGCCAGCUGCUCCUGCCGCUCUCCGAUGCCCGCAAGCUGACUUUCCGCGGCCUGCGCAAACAGAUCACCGUGGAGGAGCUGGUGCGCUCUCAGGUCAUGGAUGAGGCCACGGCGCUGCAGCUGCAGGAGGGCCUGACCUCUGUCGAAGAGGUCUCCAGGAGCCUGCAGAAGUUCCUCGAGGGCACCAGCUGCAUCGCGGGUGUCUUUGUUGACGCCACCAAGGAGCGGCUGUCAGUGUACCAGGCCAUGAAGAAAGGCAUCAUCCGCCCUGGCACAGCUUUUGAGCUCCUGGAGGCACAGGCGGCCACUGGCUAUGUCAUUGACCCCAUCAAGGGACUCAAGCUGACCGUCGAGGAGGCUGUGCGCAUGGGCAUUGUGGGCCCCGAGUUCAAGGACAAGCUGCUGUCAGCCGAGCGCGCCGUCACUGGCUACAAGGACCCCUACUCUGGGAAGCUCAUCUCCCUGUUCCAGGCCAUGAAGAAGGGCCUGAUUCUGAAGGACCACGGCAUCCGCCUGCUGGAGGCCCAGAUCGCCACAGGCGGCAUCAUCGACCCCGAGGAAAGCCACCGCCUGCCUGUGGACGUGGCCUACCAACGUGGCCUCUUCGAUGAGGAGAUGAAUGAUAUCCUUACAGACCCAAGCGAUGACACCAAGGGCUUCUUUGACCCCAACACAGAGGAGAACCUCACCUACCUGCAGCUGAUGGAGCGCUGCGUGGAGGACCCCCAGACGGGCCUGCGCCUCCUGCCACUCCGGGAGAAGAAGCGGGAGCGGAAGACAUCCUCCAAGUCCUCCGUGCGCAAGCGCCGUGUGGUGAUCGUGGACCCCGAGACGGGCAAGGAGAUGUCGGUGUACGAGGCUUACCGCAAGGGGCUCAUCGACCACCAGACGUACCUGGAACUGUCAGAGCAGGAGUGCGAGUGGGAAGAGAUCACCAUCUCCUCCUCGGAUGGCGUGGUCAAGUCCAUGAUCAUUGACCGCCGCUCGGGCCGCCAGUACGACAUCGACGAGGCCAUCGCCAAGAACCUCAUUGACCGCUCCGCCCUGGACCAGUACCGCGCCGGCACGCUCUCCAUCACUGAGUUUGCAGACAUGCUGUCUGGCAAUGCCGGUGGCUUCCGCUCCCGCUCUUCCUCAGUGGGGUCCUCCUCUUCCUACCCCAUUAGCCCUGCUGUCUCCAGGACCCAGCUGGCCUCGUGGUCCGAUCCCACUGAGGAGACGGGCCCCGUGGCUGGCAUCCUGGACACGGAGACGCUGGAGAAGGUGUCCAUCACAGAGGCCAUGCGCCGCAGCCUGGUGGACAACAUCACUGGGCAGCGGCUGUUGGAGGCGCAGGCCUGCACCGGGGGCAUCAUCGACCCUGCCACCGGCGAGCGCUUCCCUGUCACUGACGCUGUCAACAAGGGCCUGGUGGACAAGAUCAUGGUGGACCGCAUCAACCUGGCCCAGAAGGCCUUCUGUGGCUUUGAGGACCCGCGCACCAAGACCAAGAUGUCAGCUGCCCAGGCCCUGAAGAAGGGCUGGCUCUACUACGAGGCCGGCCAGCGCUUCCUGGAGGUGCAGUACCUGACAGGCGGCCUGAUUGAGCCUGACACGCCUGGCCGCGUGCCCCUGGACGAGGCCCUGCAGCGUGGCGUGGUGGAUGCCCGCACCGCCCAGAAGCUGCGUGAUGUCAGUGCAUACGCCAAGUAUCUCACUUGCCCCAAGACCAAGCUCAAGAUCUCCUAUAAGGAUGCGCUGGACCGCAGCAUGGUGGAGGAGGGCACGGGGCUGCGGCUGCUCGAGGCCGCUGCCCAGUCGAGCAAGGGCUACUACAGCCCCUACGGCGUCAGCGGCUCCGGCUCUGCAGCCGGCUCGCGCUCCGGCUCGCGCACUGGCUCCCGGGCUGGCUCUCGCCGCGGCAGCUUUGACGCCACCAGCUCUGGCUUCUCCGCGACCUUCUCUUCCUCCUCCUACUCCUCCUCAGGAUACGGCCGCCGCUACGCCUCGGGGCCUGCAUCCUCCCUGGGGAGCCCCGAGCCUGCGGCGGCCUGACCCACACCCACACCCUGCCCUCCCGCUCUGCACGUGGCCAGGCUCCCUGCCCAGGCGCUGGGGUCUCUCCUCACUGGUCAAAGAUGUCUUCCUCCCAAGUGGUGCCUAAAGUUUAACCAAAAAGACCAGAUUAAUAAGUUAACAUUUGUCUGCUGUCCAGACAGCCUGUGUGCUGAGGUUGGGGCUGGUCCAGCCCCACUGGCCACCUCGUUCCAAGUCUCCCUGUCCCUCUGCCUGCCACUCACCACAGCCAGGUGCCUUGGAGGGUCCAGAGCUGGGCUCCAAUCCCACACUCUCAUCUCCCCCCGCCCCCAGGGAGGGAUUUAUCUGGGCAAGGGUCUCCCAGCCCUGUAGGCCAGGCCCCCUGACACUCAACCAUCAAUCCUAGCUGCCCAGGGUGGCUGGGGGCAGACCAUUAUUAGCAGGGCCCUCAGGGCUGGCAUUUCCUUCUGUUUCUAGGACUGACCUGCUUGGUCAGUGGGCCUUGCUGGGGAGGAGGGUGUCCUGGGUCAGCCAUCUCUUCCAGGCUGACAUGGGCAUAGAAGCCCCUUCCCCAUGGAAAAAUCAGGGUCCAGGUACAGAACCAGCUGGCCUGGGCCGGGCGCCAGCCUGUACCCGCCCCUAGCCCGCUCUGGCCAAGCUGCAGGCUCUGUUCCUGCCUCCCAGCUCCUGACACCCUCCCCAGGCCCCAGCUUCUGGCUUCAUCCUUUCAGCCUCAGCUCCCUAGUAAGUGCCUUCUGUACCCUGCCUCGUGCCCCAGGCCCCGAGGACCCUGACCCGGGCCGGGAGACAGACCCUCCUGGGGAAAG